UAGCUACAGAUGUUUUUGCUGUCAAAUAAAUACAAACAAUAUUUUGGAUGGAAAAUUAAAGAUUUUUCUUUAUUAGUUUACUUGUAACAGUAGUUCAGGUUCAUGCAGUAGCAUGUGUUUUGGAUAUAAUAAAUAAACAUGUCUCAUUAUUCAUACGUUUUUAGAUAAUGUACCUUAUUAAAAAUGAUCUUUUCCAAAUGACAAAAUAAGUGGGCUGUGUAAACUAUCAAAGACUGUGUAGUGGUACAUUUAGCUGCUUACUGAUAGUCUCUCGUUAUCAAAAACCUUUACUGGGAGCUGUCAGUGUUUUAGUUUCAUAGGACAUCGUUAACUUUGCACCCUUUUUAAAGUUUUUUAUUUAUAUAGUGUUUAAACCAGUAAGUGCUCGUUCAAUAUACAAUAUUUACAUAAUUGGAAAAAAUGGCAAAGAAUAUGAUAAUGUUCUGGUAUGAAUAUGAAAAUCAUAAUUUAAUAAUAACUUACUAAUUCCUUAGAUGUGAAGAAUUUAGCUCAAGAUUAUAGCUAUUUUUCACUCUAUGGCUUUAUGUGCGGAGUAUCCGGGUUCUUCUAGUAAAUACAAGACAAUUCCCUUUUGUUGAAAUUAUAUUUUUAAAUGGUUUUGAUUGGCUACAAAGAUAAGAUUGCCUGCUUAGUACAGUAGAUUGUUUUAACGUGAUCCCCAAAAAGCUAAAGCCAAGGCUUACAUUAGAAAAAAAUUUUCAUGUAGCUAUUUUGCCAAAAUAGAAACAAAAGCAAAUUUGAAAAAAAUGUAGAUUUCAGAGUUGUCCUUCAGUUGGUCCCUGGCUGUAACAGAACACACCUGUAGAUGCAGCAUAAUGUCAGUCAUGUCCCAAAAUAAAUAUCUGUUUUGUUACAUUUGUUUUGAAUGAAUUGAAGCUGUGUUAAAACAUUUAGUUAUAUUUGAUAAGAAGGCAAAUUGGUGCCUAAAUAACAAGAUUUUUGUUCUCCUACGGUAUAAGAGAAGUUAGCUGUGGAAAUGGCCUGAACGCAUCAAUAGUUUUUAGUUGUGAUCAGAAAAUAGAGAUUCUAAACUACUUUUGUUUUUCCCCUUUCCAGCUUGCAGGAUACCACCCUUAACUUUGCAAGAUAUAACCCACAGAGGACAAUUAUCAAGAAGCGUCCGGGGAAGUGGCCCUAAAGAGAUUUUGGAUUUUACAAAACAUAUGGUGUAUAGGAUUGAGAUGUGGCAGAGAAAGGUAGGACAUGAAGCAGAAUUGGAGACCAGUGAAACUGCAAUAACCAGACAGAUGUAUUGAAUUUCAAGAUGAAGAAGAGGUCAUAGAUUUUGUUGUCAUGAGAAAUUGGGUGAGGUGGUGUGAGAAGUGAUGAGUGAAACAGAAGGAGUUUUCAUUUUCCAUGCAGUGCCAAUAAAUUGAUGCAAAAAUCCACUACACUAUUUAACAAUUGUGAAACUCUCUAUAUAUUAUAGACACACACACACUUGGAAAAUUCCUUGUCUUGAAUAUAGUCAUUUGUCAGUCAUAUUAACAGCUGUUAAAAAUGUAUACUUCAGUAAUUGCUUGGUUUUUUUUUUCAGAUGGAAGCUUUCUAUCUAGAAAACUUUAAUGAUGCCUUUGGCUGUAUGUCUUCUCUACUUGAAGAAAACUUCUAUUUUGGUUAUAAAAAACUUAAUUACAAUCAAAGGAAAAAUACCAUUGGUCAUAAGGUUACAAAUACAUUUUUGGAUAAUAUCAAUUUUAAAAAGUGUCCUUUUCAGAGAAGUUGUAAGAGAGCAAGACUUCAGAGCUAUUUGUUCAAGGAGGUCAUUUAUGAUAUUCCUCCAGUACUUCUGGCAGAGCAUCUCCAUGAAGAACUGAAAGCAGAGAAAUAUAAAAUAUUUUUUAACAGCGUAGCAACAGGAGGAGCCCUGGAAUUGUUCCCAUUACAAAACAAGUCAAAGACUUUGGAGUGCUGUCUGGUUUACCCCAGCAGAUCUGCUAUGAACAAACUCAAUUUUCACAAGGUUAAGCUUACAUCUUGUAAAUCGGGUGCACCCCAGCUCAAAGUACAGGAAAAACUGGCACUGUUUGAAUUAAAUGGAACAAUCCGUCAAAUAAAUGUGGCUGAUGUUGAAGAUCAAGUGUAUGUGGGUGUCCGAUCUGAUUAUUUGUGUGGUGCGUGGAAAGUCAACAGAAAACAGAAACCAGAGCCUCUCCAAACAAUUCAGAUGGAGAAUCCUGCAACAUGUAUCAGUGUCAGUCCUUAUCUUCCUGGAGAACUGCUUGUUGCAAAUGAAAGUGGUGCUGUUUACCUCUGGAAUCUAAAGACAGGAUUAUCUAUGAUUCGUCGUGAAACAGAAAAUCUUUACUUCAACGCACAGUCUUCAUGGAGGUGGUGUGAUUUCACUGCUCAUCCCCGAGUUAUAACUUAUGCUGACAGGACAGGCAUUGAUCUCACAGAUAUAAGGUCACCAAGCACUCAAACUCAGAAGAUGUUUUCAAUAGGACAGACUGCUGAAUGUAAAAAAGGGGAGAGAGUGGUUCUGCUAAAGCAUCUUAAUGAUGUGAAUGCUUAUCAUCAUCUUGUCACCUCGCAGUACUCUGCAUAUAUCAUGGAUGAACGUUUUCCUUGUGUGCCAUUGCUGAAGUGGGAACAUAUGUUGAAGUCCCCACCGAUAUUUUCACAGAUAUUAUCUGGGGAUUCAUGUAAAACCAGCAACAAGAUACUGUUGGGAACUCAGCGUUCACAGGAGGUUUUAAUGUUGCAGUAUUCAGAUGGAACACAGAUGGCUUAUGAAGCUCUUGGACCUCCUUUACAAUUUCCAGCACGCUCUAAUUGCUCAAGAUUCAUCCCUUUUCUGCUUCCUCAUGAAAAAGAGGUACUCUUUGAGCGUCUGCUUUCACCAGGUGCAGGAUUGGCAGCAAUUUACCAUCCCCACCAAGCAAAUGUGUUGUGUGUAAUUCAACUUGCUGAAACAGGAGACGUUUUUUAUCAGACAUGGAGCAGACAAGAAUCGUCAUCUUCUAUGGCCAGGCCAAGAGGGAGUGAUGCCAAUUCUAGUGAAAAAGACCACAGACAAGAGAAAGAAAGAGAAGACCAUGGUGUGUUUGUAUCAUCAUCCACUUCACAUGGAGAUGCACCUAAAGAAACAUGUACGUUUGGUGAUACGAGGCCAAUAAACCACACAUCAAAUCCAAAUCAAAAUACAAAUGUUACCCAAAGAUGUGAAGGCAAUACACCUUUAACAGAAUCCGUAGGCCUCAGCAAGAAAGCCCUUGCUAAAUUAGUAAAGUGGAAUUCAAAUGUUUUACAGAAGCAAACAGUAAAAAGACAAGAAAAGUUUUGCAAAGUUAAAAAUAAAGCAACACUUGCAUUGCCUAAAAUUGCUGAUACGGCAACAAAUCAUUCUCUAUAUCCGAAUAUAAGGCAGAAGAUGAGAGUUGCAAUGGAGGAAAAAAAGACUCUGAGCACCUGCUUAGAGUUACCAUCUCUUGAGGUCGUCGAUAUCCCAGGACAUAUAGACCCCUCAAGUUGGAAAGAUGAUCUCAGCAAACGUCUCACUGCCUCAUGGGAUGGUAAAUGGAACAGCUGGUGGGAAAACAAACUUGGGCUGAAUCGUAAACAGAAAAUUGAAGCUCUCCGUAAGAAGAGAAAGCUUCAGAAACUCGCCCGAGGACAUAGAUCACCAGGUCUCAGUGGAAGUUUUACAUCUUCUGUCACCUAUCAGUCUGAUUUGACUGAUUUUAGUGACCUCUCGGGUUGGUCAUCUGCAGACAGUAAUUUUGGAGGUAGCCGUUGUUCUUCUCCGCUAUCUGAUAUAGAAACUGAUAGCCACAAAGGGCCUUCCACGGUUGUUGCUGAGAGCAACACUGACAUGGAAAAUGUACGUCUGGGAGAAGAACAAGAUCAUGAAUGUGUACCUAACUCGGUUACUGCUUCAUCUGUCUCAUCUACUUCUCAAUACUCUGCCGUGCCAAAUCUUCGGCAGAAGUCUGCCGACUCUGUUUCCGCCUUCAGUGCUAUGGACUCCCUCGCUCAAAAUAGGAUUUCUGUUUUGUCUGCUUCAAAAGACAAAAGCUCUGCUGUAACUGGACAUCCAAGUCCAAAUCCCAGGUUACAUAGUCCUAGAAAAUCUUUGACCCAAAACUCUCAUCAGCUUCAAAAGAAAGCCAAUCAAGACUUGGCUUCUCUGUUAAUCGCACAGGAUUCCACACCAGAGCCUGACUUGGAGGACAACUGGAUUUUUCCUUUGGCAUCUUCCACUCAAAAGUCCUCACAAUUUUCAGCAUCUCCGAGCCUUCUUGGGCUUCCUUUGUCUCAGGGAUCCGUGACAGUAUCACAGCCUAAAAAGAAGAGGCCACGAAUGGGCUUCUAGUUUUGCAAGUGAAUAGAACAUCAAUAGGUUUUAGUUUGGCAUUUUUGCUUUCUUUUAGAAACUAUGCAGGAAUGUGAAUAGUUUGGGGGUAUUUUUCCCCCAAAUUUGUGCAAUGAGGCAACUUGAAGGAUGUUUCGAACAAAUUCCCUACCCUUGGACUUUGAAUAAAUGUGCCAAUUUAUAUUGCUUCCUUCAAUAAUGUGUAUAAUUUUGUUUAUUGUAAAUGACUAUUUUUUUAUAUAAAAAAAAUAAUCAUCCCAUGAUGAAUGCUAAUA